GGUUCGCCGUUGCGGUGGCACGAGAGCCGCCUCCGAGCGUAUAGCGCGCCAGCUGUGGUCAAUGCGCCGCUUGGCGUAAAGCGCAGCGCCGAACGCGACAUCCACGGGGACGUGGGUUUGACCAAAGCCGGGGUUGAUUGGCACCUCGGGGUCGCAGCAACAUGAAGCCUCCCCCUCGCGCGAGAUCCAAACCAGACCGCUAUGGACACCGGAAAUGCGAGGAGAACGGAUGGCGACGGAGAGCCGGGAAACUGGUGUGCAGCUGGAAACGCAGCGAGCAGAGAAACCUCCUGGCUGCCCUGAAGAGGCUGAGGAAGACCUGCAAAGGCGACGUCGACUAUGGUUUCCUGAAAAACGCUGUUGCCACGCGGUCCAUCUCAGAGAUCCGCUUACUGGUGGAAGCUCUUCAGAAAAAACUGUUUAAUUCGGUAACGCAACAAGUGGUGAGGCAGAGAAGGCAGGAAAGACAGGCCAAGAAGUCCAUUGAAGUGUGGGUGGACAUGGCUUCUGCUGUGGCUGGGGCACUGGAGGAACCCAUGUCUGCUGCCUUCUUCCAGAUGCUCCUCGUGUCCUCCACUGAGCCCCGCAACCUGAGCAACUCUGACCCUCCAAAUGUCCACACUACGAACCACCUGAAACCAGCAGAUGCUUGUGUCCCCCCAUAUAAGGCAGUACCCCAUCCUGGAGUCCCAGGUCAACCUCUAAGUAUCACCACCAUCAACCCAGCCUCUCCACACCUUAUAUUCAAGACUCCUUCUCCAACCCUGGGCCCUUCCAGAAAGCUCCCAACCACCUCCAAAGUGGUUAGAGUGCCCACUGCAACAGCAUCUCCUCUUCAGCAUCAGCGUUUUGCACUAAUUCCAACGGCUACCGUCUCUACAUCUCAGCCUGUUGCCCUCUCACAUCAGACAGGGGCGACAGAUGUUGUCAAGGAUGGGACUUCUAGCACACCUAUCAGUCUCUCUACCACAAAAUCCUCUGAGCCUGCAAAAGUGGUUAAAUUGCUCACUUGUGCCUCACCACAACCUCAGCCAAAAACACAGACCACGACCUUAACCUCACUGCCGCAGAGGAUCCACACAAACCCUCCCUCAACGAGCUCAGCCACCAUCUUGUCAUCCUCACACUCUCGGUCAGCCGCUGCUGUAGUGGUCAACACCAAGGCUACAAUACAAUAUAAAAAAGAGGAUAGUCUCGGGAUGGGAGUGAAGGGCACCGUGGACUUUGAGAAGAUCUAUCGUUACCUGAGCACCAUUGAAAAGGACAACAAAGAGUGCAUUCUCUCUCCCAUGGAGAGUGCUGUGGUGUUGGACAUGGUGAUGUCUCUGCCCGAGGAGCUGCUGAUGCUGGACUGUAAAACACUGCAGCGCCAUAUGAUUAAGAUGUACACGUGUCUGUCGGCUCCCGCUGACUCCAAGAUGUCAAGAGAAAUGUUUGCAGAACCAGGACCAGAGACAGAAGGGUGUGGAGAGGACGGCCAAGUAGCACAAAGCUCAGAGAAAGACCUGCUGGGAACGUCUCAGGGGAUGGGGGGUGUCGCUGUACCAAGUAAAGAUCCGGAGAGGAACACCAUGACUCGGGGCUCUGCAGCACUGGAGGAGGCAGCCAGCAGUCCCUGUGGGCGUGAAGCUGAGCGCUACGCAGCUAGCAAGGGUGUGGCAGCAGAGGAAAGCCCCGGGAGAGCGACUGUGCCAGGCUCCACCACAGCUCAGCGAAAUGAGGGACAAACGGAGAUGCAGCCUGCUGAGAGUAAACACUCAUCUUGUCUGACUGGCAACUGGGACAAGGCGGCGUUCUGUCCUCUCAACCCCUUCAUGGUGCCCUUGAGAUUGUUAACAAGGAAGCAGAGGGAGGUAGAGGAGUCACACAUUUUGCAAUAGAGCAGCAAAGUUCGCUGCUACGUGUUAAAUCUAAAAUAUGGUUUGCUGUGAUGCCCAUUCAUCUGCUGUAGCUAUAACCUGCAUAUUCAUGAUAUAUAUCAUAAACCGUUGUUUAUUGAAUAAAAGAUACACU